AUGGUGGAUGGAAUUCUGGUACCAGCUAAAGCAGCACUUGUAAAGAAGAUCCCACUUGCCCGAAGUCCAAUUGAAGACUCUCUGUUCUGGCCUUUCAUAGCAAAUGGGCAGUAUAACUGUAAGUCAGGUUAUAGGUUUCUCAAAGAGUUGGAGGCAGGGACUGUGGAGAAUUCACAACCGGACUUGGAUAGACAAUUAUGGAAAAGUAUUUGGUCCUUGGAAGUCCCUAACAAGUAUAAAAACAUGAUGUGGCGGGCAUGCAGAAACUCUCUUCCCACAAAGCUCAAUUUGACUCAAAAAACUAUCAUAGAUAACUCAACAUGUGACCGUUGCUGUUCACACAUUGAGGACGCGUUGCAUGCUCUUUGGGGUUGUUCGGGUUUGGAUGAUGUUUGGGAUGGAGAAAGAUGGUGCUUUCGGACAAGGGAGAGGUUUGCUGACUUCAAGGAAUUAUGCAGAUGGAUAAUGGAACAUGGGAACUCACUUGAACUCUUUGCUGUACAAGUAUGGCAUAUAUGGCACCAGAGAAACCAAUUACGUUUACAGCAACCUUGCUGCCUCACAAAGGACUUGAAACAUGAUGCUCAAGCACGCUGGGAUGAGAUUAGAGCUAUCAAUCCACUGCCAAACCAGGUCAGACCUGAACAAAAGCCAAAAUGGAUAGCACCACCACCGAAUACGUACAAGAUAAAUUAUGAUGGAGCGGUUUCAGAUAAGGAGAAUAAAGCAGGGGUUGGAGUGGUAAUUAGGGACCAUAAUGGAGAGGUAAUUGCUUCCUUAAUUCAGCAAUUGGAUCAAGCUUUUCAACUCAUGGAAGUGGUGGCAAUUGCUGCGUGCAGAGCAGUGGAGUUUGGCAACGAAUUGGGUGCGGGCUGUGCUAUUGUGGAGGGUGAUUCAGAGGUGAUUGUUAAAGCUUUGAGGAACAAGGAUAAUGGUUUAACUUCUUUUGCACCUUUGAUAAAUGAUGUCUCUUUAUUUUCAACUUUGUUUUCAGAAUUGUCAUACUCUCACAUUAGGAGAAAUGGCAACAAAGUUGCUCAUAGUUUAGCUAGGCUAGCUUUGAUCACACCAGAUUGUACCGUGUGGAUGGAGGAUGUUCCGUUUCGCACCUUACAUUUUGUUCAGGCUGAUUUGGUCGCGCUUUAA